CCGCCCUGGCCUACUCUCUAAGGAAUUACGUCCCAUUGGAUCCGACGAUUGUCAGGUGGCUGACGUACAUCUGGAUGUUCAAUUUCGAAUUAAAACGGAUUCCUGGUAGUAAGAACCGGGCAGACGGGCUGAGUCGGAUCAACUGGGAUAAGCAGGAAGGGGAGGCGGUGGAGAAUACGCCCCCAGUUGAUGGAUUUCUGGAUCAGGAAGAAGAUGUUCGUCUCCAUAUCAAUAAGUGGUCGCCGCGCGUGCCCAGCUGUGUAGGCUAUCCUAUUUGGCAAGCGCCGAGCGGAUAUGAAAGGAGGACCGAGCUGGUCCUCAAACCCUUUAAAGAAGAGGAUCCCUGGGGCGGUAAGGAUGUUCAGUGGAUGAUGGAAUUAGCGCUGGCCAGCUCGCAUAGCCUGGUGGAGGAUAUGAGGACCAUUGAGGAAGGACCUGGCCAGGUAGAACGACAUGAGGACCUGAUGGGAGCAAUGUAUCUCCUCGUCAGUACGUUAUUGCAGGAAAGCCUAGACCAGUCAGGCUCGUUGAACCCGACAGGGAAUGUAGACGAAAUACCCGAGAGCAAGGACGACGAGUUCGAGGAAGGGGAAAUUAAGGAAGUUUUUCGUGCAGAGGAGUACGACGGGAUCUACCUAGAGCUGGGGCUUCUUCUGUCAUGUGAAAUGCGGCUAAGAGAUGCGAGCGAUAGGGCUCAAAGGAUGCUGCAGCGCUACUUAGUGCGAGACGGUCACCUUUUCGUGAGAAGGGAAAUGGGGAAUCCCAGGAGAGUCGUCUAUGGUAGGAAUCGUCAGAUCGACGUCGUAGCAGCGCUUCACGAUGGUAUUGCAGGAGGACAUCGAGGGGUACAAGCCACGUAUGCCAAGAUAAGUGAGUUGUACUACUGGGAUGGGAUGAUGGAUAUGGUCGGAAAUUUCUGCCGAUCUUGCGUACCUUGCCAGGAAAGAUCCUGUUUUAGGCAAGGAGAGUCGCUGCAUCCCAGGCUAGAGCGAGAGGUGGGGGUUGUAGUGCAUCUCGAUCUCUUUUUUAUACCACUUGGGGAUCAAGGCUAUAACUAUAUCUUCGAUGCGCGCGAUAACCUAUCUGGGUUCGUAGACGGGCGUGCUAUUCGCACAAAGACCGGGUCAGUCCUGGUGAGCUGCAUCGAGGAGUACUACAUGCGUUAUCCCUUCGUCAGGGAAUUCGUAAUGGACAGGGGAUCAGAGUUUACCUGCCAGGAGGUGCAAGAACUGUUAUCAAGGUCUGACUUUACGAAGACAACCAUGCCAAGAAGAGGGAAGGGGACACGGCCGCCUCAGAGGCCGUUGGGCGCGUCAGGAGGAUAUGAGCGGCAUGGGCCUCGCCAUCGAGAGAGUACUCCAGUCUACAAUGAUGGAGACAUCGAGCUAUUCCUGGAUAGUUUCUGGGAGCAUGCGAGGCGUAUGGGCUGGACCGUCGCUCAGGCGAUUGAAAGAUUGAGGGGAGCAGGUAGGUUCGAAGAACCCAUUGCCAGGAUUCGUAGGGAGGCGACGACGAGGCAGGAGGUGGAGAUGAGGAUGGAGGAGUUGCGACCCUCGCCUGUGGGACCUGAUGGCAGGCCGAUCCGCCUCAAGAUUGGAAAUCCGUCGAACUUCAUCCCCGCGUUUGAGUGGUUCAUGCAAGGGCAGGGCAUACUGAGAGAUGAUUGGAUUCAGACGCUGCCACUCUGGACCAGGAAGGCGGAAAGGCCACUGGCUAUGCAGAUCAGAGACAUGGCACGAGAUUGGGAGAGCUGCAGGGCACAUUUGAGAGAGGCCUUUCGACGGUCAGAGCUCCCUCAGCCCAGAGUCGAGAGGCGGCAGAGGAGUCAGAGGCCGAGGGACCCUGAGCCCAGGGAGGCGAGACCAUCUUGAGGAGGACGGAAGGCCCUAGCCAGG